AUGGCUCUCUCGGAGCCUUUAAGACCUCUGGCACGGUGCACUAGAUGUACGCGUCACGAUAGAAUACCUCGCUCUACCCGAUCCUUCACCACCACCGCCCCCUUCCGCCUUGAAACGCAAGAGCAGGCCCCAUCCUCAAGCGACCCACCUCCACCACCUCCCACGACUGCUACGAAGCGACUCCGCGAUCCAUACAAAGUCCACUCCAAACACACGGAGCGCUCCCUCCUCAUCAACCAACACCUCGUUCCCAUUGGCUCCCGCCGGCGUCGCGCAGCCAUCAACUCCACCUCCCAGAUCCCUUUCACCCAGCUGCCUUACCAAUGCUUCCAAGAAGCGCGCGCUUUCUUGCUAGAAGACCGGAACGAGAAGUUGGAGCAGAUACGGGUGGAGAGGGAGCGAAUCGCGAGAUUGAAGACGAAGCUUGCCACGGUGGUUGCGGAGCAAGAUCGAUGGAGGGAAGAGAAUAGGCUGAGGAGUAUGGAGAGGAAGUUGGAGGAGUUGAAGAUCCUGGCCGAUAUCAACGAUCCGGUUGUCAAGAAGAAGUUUGAGGAUGGGAUGGGCGACAUGAACAAACCCAUCUACCGCCACCUUGCCAACAAGCAAUGGCGGUCCUACAAACGCCCCCUCCUCAUGCAACGCAUAACCACCAUGCACGUCGUCCCCGACGUUCUGCAAGCGAUUGACCCCGUCGUCUCCACCUCCCUCACUUUCCCCGCCAGCAACAGCAAUGGCUUCAAGCGCAUCCAACACGGCGAGUUCGUUGACAGCCUCACCUCCAAGCGAGCGCCUAACAUGGUCAUCCAGCCGUAUGACAAGGGCACAAGGCUGGUGACGAUUGCGGUCGUGAAUGCCGAUGUUCCGGAUGUGGAGAAAGACGGGUUUACGUACCGGUGUCACUUUCUCGCUUCGAACAUACCCAUCUCGCCGACGGAUACACGAGUGCGGUUCGGAGAGUUGGAUGAGGGAAGUCAGGUCAUUCUCCCCUGGCUACCCGCUUACGCGCAGAAAGGCGCCCCGUACCAACGCAUGUGCAUCAUUGUUCUCGCUCAACCGGCGUCUGAUACUCCCAGCCCCGAGUCUGCCUCUCAGACGCUAGACGUGGGGAAAGUGAAGGAAGCGGGCCGGUAUACUGAACGGCAUGGGUUUAACUUGAGGUCAUUCAUGACCGUGCAUGGGCUCAAGGCGGUAGGCGUAGAUUUGUUCCGGACGCAGUGGGAUGAGGGGACGAAGGAGGUCAUGCAGUGGGCGGGUGUUGUGGGAUGGGAUGUUGAGUUUAAGCGGAAGAGGGUCGAGCCUUUGCCCUACAAGAGGAAGAGUAGUGAGAGGUAUCGGUAA